GCCUCCGACUCGAGCCUCAGACCCUCCUCUAUUUCCCCGCGAACGGUCGCUGGUUCUCCCGCAGUGGAAACGUCUUCACACCGCUGUCGCCGCCGGGGAGUCUGGAUCUCUAAAGCGAACACACCCGAGCCCUCUUUCUUUCUUUGUUUUCUCUCCAUCUCUCCAUCCGUCUCCAAAACUUUUGCAGACUCUGACAGCGUGCACGCGGCACAUUUUUUUGGGGGGAUUCUGUUAAUUUGGAGUCUCGGAACUUUUCAGUGCAAGAAAAAGAAAGACAGAAAGUUCCUGAGACUUUGGGAGGGAGAUGAUUCUGCACGAGGACCAGCUGCUCCACUGAACACAUGGAGUCGUGUACGGGCGGAGGCCGAGGAGGAAGGUGGAGGCUCCGUCACGCCGUCCCAGUCGUCCUGCUGUGGAUGAGUCUGCAGCGGUGCGCGCUGGGAUGCAGCUCCACGAACUGUAUCGCGACGCUGACGGACGCCCAGGGGGAGUUCACAUCGCCCUGCUACCCUGACAAAUACCCCAAUUUGCAGACGUGUAAGUGGACGCUGCAGGCCCCCGCCGGUUUCAUCAUCCAGCUCUCCUUCCUUGACUUUGACCUGGAGGAGGCACCGGGCUGCAUCUACGACUUGGUGGUGGUGAACACGGGAAACACGGAUGUUAAGUUCUGCGGCCCGACGGCCAACGGGCUGACGCUGAACUCGACGGGAAACGUGAUGGAGCUGUCCUUUGUCUCUGACUUCAGCGUGCAGAAGAGGGGGUUCAGUGUUAGCUUCAGACACGUUGCCGUGGCGCUGAAGAACCAGAAAGUCGCCAUAUCCAACGGAAACGGCCAGGUCACCGAGGUCGCCAACUCUGUUUCCAUACCGUCGCUCAGUCAGCUCACCAUCUGCUUCGAGGUGGAGCGCAGCAGCAGCCAGAAACAGAAAGAGUGGAUCUUCACCUACCACGACAGCAGCAACAACGUGGCGUUGAGUCUGGGCGCCGAUCAGUCCGGCAUGAACCUGAUUGUUGACUCGAUAGUUUGCUCCAUCGACUCCAUCCUCUCCUCCGCUGACUUCACCGCCACCAUGAAGCCUUUCUGCGUCCUCUGGAUGUCAUCCAACGGCCGCGUGGCGGUCUACUUCAACGGGAACUACUGGGCCAAAACCUGCGCUUCCUCUGCUGGACACUCUGUACCAGCUGGGGGGGUGUUCCAGUUAGGAGGUCAGCAGAGCUUCGACGGGUACAUCUACAACGUCCGGCUGUGGAACUACGCCAUGCCGGUGCAGGAGCUCACCGCGCUGAGCUGCGACGUGGUGGGGAACGUCAUCGACUGGGACAACAGCCAGUGGACCAUCCCGGCCGCCAUGGCCCAGACCGACAACACGCUCAGCUGCAUCUGCUUCCCUCAUUGCAUUCUCUUAACUACUGCUGCGCCAACUAGUGGUGUCACCUCGCAAGGCACCACACCACUCACUACCAGCUGUGACUCCCGAGGACUGGGCUGCCCAGCUACUUCCUCUCCCACCACCCCAUCCACUGACUCCACUAACACCAUCAGUGCUACUAAUGCCAUCACCUACGUUCUUCCUUCCAUCACUACAUCUCCAUCCACCAUCCCUACCACUAGCAUGCCUCUAACCCCAACCACCAGUACCACCACCAGUACCACCACCAGCAUAACCAGCUCCUCCUCUGGUAAGGCUUCGCUGCUCUGUUGUUUGCCAUUAGCAUCUCUAGACUUUCCAUUCAAAUAA